AUGGCUGCCCUGACUCUGGAAGGGUACGGAACUGUCCUCCCGUCCAGGCCUUUCGCGGGACAUCGGCACGGCUUUGGCACUGACCCUGGCAGCGGCCUCCAGCGAUCGAUUGUUCGGAAUAAAACCCCAGGCCAUGUUCGCUACACAAACUCAGUCUGUGUUGACUUGAGCCCCAUCAGAGAGGAGAGGUUACAUGUUCUGAUCGAGUCAGAACCUACUCAGGAUGUCCAACCAGUCCCCCUGAAGAGUAUCUCGGUGGAGAUCGAGGUGAAGGGCUUUGUGGCUGAUGUUUCUGCGAGCCUCGAGUACAAGAAUGAGGAGACCGAGCCUGUGGAGGCCGUCUUUGUCUUCCCCAUGGACAGCGAUGCUGCCGUCUACAAUUUCCAGGCCAUGGUGGAUGGCAAGACGAUUGUGGCUGUGAUUAAGGAGAAAGAGAAGGCGAAGGAUGAUUACGACGAUGCCAUCUCGUCUGGGCACCAGGCCUUCCUACUGGAGGAGGACAGCAGCAGCAGCGACAUCUUCAGCUGCACUGUGGGCAACCUGCCCCCUGGGCAGAGUGCCACUGUCUCCUUCUCCUUUGUCCAGGAGUUGGCGAUCGAGGCUGAUGGGGCAGUGCGUUUCGUCCUGCCCGCCAUUCUCAAUCCCCGGUACACACCGACAGAUGCCCAGUCUCCCAGCGUGACCCAGGACGUCCCCCAGGUACAACAGGCACCCUACACAUUGGUUCUGAAGGCACAGAUCCAGAGUGCGCACACGAUCAGCCACGUCCAAUCCAACUGUGGACUGACUGCGCUGGAAUAUCUGAGCGAGAACAAGACAGCAGCCAAG